AUGGACCCAGCUGAUGGCCUCCGGCGCCGCUUCGAACAGGGCGCAGGUGACUCAUUUUCAUGCUGGUACCGAGAACGGCCGCCAGGAGAAACUUUGGCGCUGUUCGUCGGUUCGAAGGUCUUGGCGGGAUGCCUCUAUUACGGGAAAGAAAAGUUGCAACAUCAGCAAAUUGUCCUUCGUGAGAGGUUGCAACAGCCGGAUAUAGGGCUUGAAGACGUCGACUUGCACGUGUUCUUAGUUGUUUCAAUACGGGAGAAGGACUGGGUUCAGAUGGUCCGGUUUACUAUAGCUAAGUUAUCGUAUAACUUUUUUAGUGUGUAUACUUGCAAGUUCGGUGGUGCUUGCAACCGGAAGGAUGGCGGUGCAAAGGGACUCUCUGGCGGAGGAUUUUAUUGUCCGCGGGAUAUUGCAGGUAAUGCUGUAGCGCUGCAUGCUGGUGUUAGAUUGUUCAAACUCCGGCUGCGUCGCGAUACGUCCAUUUUCGCUGAGGAUGUUGUGUUCGAAUCCUCAAACGGCGUUGUCGACUUCGACGUCGGUAAAAUAUACUCGGGGAGACUGGAAGACGACGACCUAGCGGAAGUUCAAGGCGUGGUUACGAAGGAGGGCCUCUUCGACGGCCACGUGGCCACGCCCAACGAGCUCUACUACCUAGAGCCGGCCAGCAGGUACCUGGACCAACCGGAAUUCCAUUCGGUGAUGUACAAGGCGUCGGACGUGGCCCACCCGACGCUCUCACGGUGUGCCUCGCAGCAGCUGCACUCCCGGGGCCGCGUCCACACCCCCUGGGGGGCUCCGACCCACCGCGACCCCCUGGGUGCCCCCGCGGGUCCAGAGAGGCUGCCUGCACAAGACACUCUCGGGACAUCAAGGCCUUCGCCUCAUUCUUCCAUUUCGUCCAGUGCGGCGCCGGCCCGGGGGGGAGGCGCCGCUCCGUCGCCCAAGCCGCACGGUUUGAAUCCCAAACAUAAGGCUGUGACAAGUAGUAAAAGUUUAUACGAUUCCACUAGUGAUCCCCACACCCACCGCGGCUACUCCAGUGCACCUGCUACCUCCUCCCCCUCUUCCUCUGCCCCUUCCCUCAGUUCAAACUCUCCCGGGCGGCCGCGGGCAGCCCGGGCCCCGACGGUGCUCACACAACCACCCUUCCUCCCCUCGAAGCUUCCCCCCCCUCCCCCUCCCCCUCCUCAGCGUCGACCCCAAACGCCUCGUCCACCUCGGAGGCCGACGACCACCCGCGCCCACGACGACCGCCGCCAGCUGGACUUCGAGCUGGUGUACGAGCCCACGGGCGGGAGGGACGACCACGCGCUCCCGAGGGCGUGGAACGACACUCGACGGAGGGCGGACGGCGCUUCGCAAGAGCUUCCAGACUUCGGUCACCCUUGGCCCAGAAGAAGCGCCAGGAAGAAACGCUCCGGCGUCGACCCGAAGAAGACCACGUGCAUGCUGUACCUGCAGGCGGACCACCUCUUCUACGAGAAAAUCGGGUCCGAGGAAGCCUGCAUCGAGGCCAUCACACGCCACGUCCAGCGAGUCAACAGCAUCUACACGGUUACAGACUUCGACCUGGACAACAAGGCGGACGACAUCGGCUUCAUGAUCAAAAGGAUCAAGAUCCACACGCCGGAGGCUCUGAAGGACCCGACCUACCGCUUCCCGGGCAACUACGGCGUCGAGAAGUUCCUGGAGCUCUUCUCGGAGGAGGACUACGACGCCUUCUGCCUCGCCUACAUGUUUACGUACAGGGACUUCGAAGGCGGAACCCUGGGCUUGGCGUGGACCGGCGACCUGAAGAACGCCGGAGGAGUGUGCGAGAAGAACGGCCACUACCGAGGAAGUCUCAAGAGCCUCAACACGGGCAUCGUGACGCUCCUGAACUACGGCAAGCACGUGCCUCCGGCGGUGAGCCACGUGACUCUGGCGCACGAGAUCGGCCACAACUUCGGCAGUCCGCACGACCCCGAGUCCAACAAGCGAUGCACCCCUGGCGGCGAGGACGGGAACUACAUCAUGUUCGCCAGAGCGACUUCAGGAGACAAAAGAAACAACAAUAAGUUCUCGCCGUGCUCGCUGCAGCAGAUCAACAGCGUCCUCAACUCGAAGGCGCGCGACGUCAAGGGCUGCUUCACAGCGCCUCAAGCGGCCAUCUGCGGCAACGGGGUGGUGGAGAAGGGGGAGGAGUGCGACUGCGGCUGGGAGGAGGACUGCGAGGAGGCGUGCUGCUUCCCGAUGAAGUCCAGUCCGGGGAAGGGGGAGACGCCGUGCACUCUCAGGCCCAACAAGAUCUGCUCGCCCUCGCAGGGUCCGUGCUGCACGCAGAACUGCCACCUGAAGAAGGGCGACAAGUGCCGAGACGACAACGGUUGCCGCGACUCGUCCUACUGCAACGGCCGUGUCCCGCAGUGCCCGCCCUCCACCAACAAGCCUAAUAAGACGAUCUGCAACGAAGAGUUCGUGUGCUACAAGGGGGAAUGCACGGGUUCCAUCUGCCUGGCUUACGGGCUGGAGUCCUGCCAGUGCAAGAGGAAUCACGGAGAUCUAAUCACCAAGUCUUGCGAGCUCUGUUGCAAGCUUCCCGGGGAGAACCAACAAUGCCUGUCUUCCUUCGAGUGGAAUGUGCCUCCGUACGACAUCCCCGACAUGUACGCUAAGGCGGGCACUCCUUGCAACGACUACAAGGGCUACUGCGACGUCUUCAAGAAAUGUCGAGAGGUGGAUCCCUCAGGGCCCUUGGCAACGCUUCGGAAGCUCUUGCUAAGCGACGAGUCCUUAGCGAACCUCCAGCGGUGGAUUGUCAAACACUGGUAUGCCGUCCUCUUCGUCGUGCUGGCCGUCCUGGUGCUAUUGGUGGCAACAGUCAAAGUAUUCGGAAAGACGCCGGAGAAGAUGAAGCUGAAGAAAAUGACAGUCAUGCAUAAAAACUCUGGGACAACGCAUUACACCAUGAAUGCAAACGGAGCCACGUCCAAUGGUGCCACAGCCAACGGCACAACGGCUAAUGGCACCACAGCCAAUGGCACUGCCGAUUCAUCAGCCAACCACGUGCACGUACACCCAACGGUCGUCAGGGCAAACUUACCCUUCAAGAGAAAAGUCAACGAGGUGCGGCGAGCGGCCACGAAGGCCAAGCGAGCCGCCAAGAGCCAGCUGAGCCGCCCCGGCAAGAAGCCCAGCAGGCGCGCGGACGGUGCCGUCACCUCGCCCACGGAGUCGGAGAAGAGCGGCCCCGGGGCUAAGGAAGGGGCGACCAGCGAAAGCAGGGUCAAAGACAGGCUUUCCAGCAGAUUUUCCAUCAUUAGCUUCAAGACGUUCCGACCAAGAUCGCUAAGUCCAGAUAAACACAAGAGCAAAAGUCCAGACAAGAGGAAGUCCAAGAGUAGUAAUGAUAAGAAGUCGAAGUCCAAGAGUUCGAAAAACCAUCACAGGAGUCGAAGCCCCGACAAGAAGCACAGGUCGAACGGCCACGGUGCGGAGUCGCCAGACAAGAACAGACGGUCCCGGAGUCCCAACAAACGGGCCAGUCUGGAAGAUGAACGAAGACGCUCCCGAAAUCAUUCAGUCAGCCCAGACAAAAUCCGAAGAUCUUCCAGUCCAGACAAGAACCAGAAAUAUAAAGCGAGAAGUCCAGAUAAACAUCGGAAGAUGAGUGAGGGAAAUUGGCUCAUCAAUAAAUUCCUGGCUGAUGAGGAGAAAACUGCUAAGCCAGUGGUUAAUGGCUCCUUAAUGGGCUCAUUAAAUGGUUCAUUAAGCUCAGUCAACGCAAUCUUAGGGCCUACCAGCAGCCCGCAGAUGGGUCCUGUUAGAAAUGGAUCAAUGCGAGGACUCUUGACGAGCGACAGCAACAGGGCCAGUCCUCUCAGGGGAUUCGUAAACGAGGCAUUCAUCAGCUCACCGCGAGGAGCCCGCACACACAGCUCGCUCAGGGUAACGAAAUCAGUCAGUCCGGAAGGGUUGGACUUUGACUUGGGGCCGAGUAAGUAUCGUCGUUCUAUAAGUAUGGAAGCUUAUAAUCGGCCACCAGUGAGUCCGGACAAGAGAAAACGCUCUGUGUUGGACGAGGGUCUCAGUCCGGACAAGAGAAGAAGGUUUAGCAGCCCCGAGAAAUCCCAGAAGCCCAACAGCCCAUCUAAGGAGCGCAGGUUCACGUGCCCCGAAAAGAACCAGAACCGACGAAACUUGGAGAUAGAGAGGCGACGUUCCUCCGUCUCCCCGCUCUCCUCCAAGACCAACUCCUAUUCCUCGGUCCCAGAGCGUCUCCGGGAGAAGCUCUCCCUCAUUACUGCCAGUCCCUCCGGCAGUGUCGCCUCCAUCCUGCCCGCCACGGAGCACGCGGACACCGUAAGCCUUCACUCCACUCAUUCCUCACACUCAAACCGGUGCCAACCUAAAGACUGGGUAUAGAACCUCAGAGGAUACUAGCCUCAAGGGUAUAGUAUUGGUACGUUUGAUAAAGUAUGUACCCAAUACCAUUACUGCCACACUGCUACCACUUGAUAAUACUUGUGCGACGAGUGUAAAUGCAAGUGCUACUGCGAGUGAUUCGUUUGUCUGAUGUGUCGCCAGAACUAUUGCUAUAUUUUGUGCCAACAACUUUUUACAUUUACUCAUUUAUAAAGUUGACAAGUUGUGACAGGAUAUUUGAUCAUUUAAUCAUAUGCAUUUUGGUAAAAACAAAGUCAAUGCGUAAAUGAGAAGGGAGAAUAGUAGUUGAUAUGAUUGUUGAUUUAUUUAAGAGCAUAUAAGGUGACGUGCUGUAAUACUCUAAUGGAUAAAUAUUUAAUGAGUAUUUAUUUAUAACACGAGGAUUUUCAUCCCAGCAACGCAGAUUCUGCCUGCUGAAACUAAUCUUAACCUUAGUCAUUAACACCUUUGCUUUGUGAUAAUAUUUUUACGUAAAUUGAUUUUGUAAGUUUGUCCUGCUCAAGAAUAGGGAGAGAGAACACGUUCCCAAGAGGGCUAAUUUAUGCCCAGAUUAGAACACUUUGGCUCUACUGAAGGAUGGAACGACACCCACCAUACUGUCUGACACUGAAUUUCGAUAAUUUUUCUUGUUUCUUUGAGCCUUAGGUUGUAUUUCUAUAUACAGCUCAUUUACAUGUUCUACAAAUAGGAGAGAGACGUCAUGAAAGGAAUUCUCAUCCAGUGCUCAUUGUGAACGAUCUCAUCACAUAUUCUCACCUCCAUACUUGUAAACUUAACAUGUGGUAGCUCAAAUGUGCCACAGCUGUACAUUGUAAAUCCGUGCAACAUAUUUUAAUACUUUUUGAAAGCUAAUCUACUAGACCACUAGUGUGCUUCUGACUAAAGACUGUGUUGUAGGAACAGUGUGUUAACAUUGUAGCAUGUAAAAUUGAUCAUGAGAUUAUUAUGAUCUUGAUGACGGUACAAUGAUCCUCAGCUUUUCUCAUAUAUUGUAAAUUCAAGCGUCCAGCGGCUUGGUUUGUACCCUGGUGGUGGUGGUGGCGGUGGUGGGGUGUAUGGGGGGGAUUUACCCGCCUGCUUCUCUCAUUAAUAAAAAAAUCUGUAGUUACCUGCCAGGCCCUGGUGGUCUUGCUAAGGAAAACAGAAAGUACUUCAUCAUUAGUCAUAGAAAAGAACAAAAAAUGUUAUUAUGAAAUUACUAUUCAACAUUCUUUCUCCCAUUGCGAACCAUAAUUUAAAGUCAAAACUGAAAACAAGUUAACUUUAGAUAUGGAUUCUUUUGAAAGAAAGCUUUAGAAAGACUUUGUUGAAGGGAAUUCCUACAGGGGCAUCCAUUUUACUUUUAAAAUGUGAAUUAUUAGGAACGAAUUACCACUCAUAUAUUUCAAUACCAGGGUUUGAUUUCCAUUGUCCAAUUGCUAAUUUGUCAUACACUGGAAAUUCCAUCCAUGUAAAGUCAGUGCAAGUAAAAAAAAGUUGUUUUAUAGUAUUUUGAAACUUAGGUUAAGACAAGGAAGCAAAGCGGAUUUGUAAGAUAAUGGAAAAAUGAUUUUACAGUAUUCUGCUGUUAGAUGUGUAUUGACAAAUGGAGAGUGGUUGAGCACUUCUUGUGCUUUUUAACACUAUGUUAAGAAGGUGUAUCUGUUAUAUUUAUGAUGUUAAUUCGUUUGGGUUCUUCUGUGGAGUAUAUUGUGUGUUGUAGGCUAUCUUUGAAUUAUUAAUUGUUUCCUGUGAUCUUCAUUUAAUAGAUGUAAAGUAUUUCAUAUUUUCACCAUCAUUAAUCAUUGUUAAUAACAUGUUCUACACUUCCAGAUGAAUAAACAUGGUUUAAAAUCGUUCACUAUGGAAAAGGUUUAAUUGAAGGUAGAGACAGAUGGGUUAAGAAACACGACAAGUGAUCAUUCCAUUAACAAAAGAUAUUAUUUCCUUCAGUAACAAAUAUCAGUAAUUAAGGUAAUACUUUAUUAAGGUCAUACAGGUGAACCCAUUGUUUAAUCAUGUUUCUUUUGAUGCUUUGUUUCCUGUUGGGAGUCCUACUAACUGAACAUUGUGAUGAUUGACCUUUGAUAGACUACUGAUAUUAUCCUAAUUUCCACAAGUGAACAAGAAAUUAGUAUAUAAGUGAUCUGUAUCAUAGCGCCGCAUGUUUCUCAGCUUAUGACCGCAAGUGAGGUAAGAUGUGCUUCCACCUAUAUCAUUAUUAUUCAGAACAUUGCUUUAUACUCUCUCUCACACACACUUGGUGCAAUGGCCCGCAGCCAGAGACGACAUUAGACAAAUACUUAGCAGAUGACACUUACUCUUAAGGGAUUGGCAAGGAGGUUGUUCAUCUUGCCAACUGUCGAAGCUAUGAGGAGAUGAUCUAUACGUUUUACACUUAGGUUUGAGUCUCUUUAGAAUUUGUUGAUAUCUCUCUGCCCAGGUGGAGGUUUGGGAACACAGUUUUUUGUCCACGGCCAUGUUAUUAUCAAGUUGCUGUUGAUGCUGCAUCCUUACAACAUCGUCAGUCCCUCUCACGAUGCAAGUUGAGGUGAUCAGCAAGAGCAUAGUGGCCGGAAGUGAUGAAAAAUUGUGACCUUUGAUUUUCUUAGUGUAUCUCCCUGUUGCUGCUGCUGGAUGUUACUUAAGUUUAUAACCCUGUUGUGUCAUAUAUAUAAAUAUAUAGAUAUAUACUUUAUUUAAUCAAGUGAUAUGUAGACUUUCAGUGUUAUUUCUCAUUUUCUCUUGAGAAAACUCAGGAUCAGUACCUAUCGAUGAUUUACUGUAAGCAGUGUGUCUACCAGAGAUGAAAACAGAAUGUGAAAAGGUGUGUGGUGAGGAUAAGAUGAGUAUUAUGCUGUAAAAUUAGGCCUCCUCUCCAGAAUCUACCCCCAAUCUACUUCUGGCUAAGGUAUGAAUAAUCAGAAAGAACCUUUUUAUAAAUGCACACCACAGUCCAGUGUUUGGUGCGGAGGGCUGUAUGUUAAGAUAAAUGAAAUGUGUGGAUGAGGUUUAAGGGAAAGGUCAUUAACAUAACUCAAGGUUUUGUCACAAGACUUGUCAUAUUAGCUAGAUUUAUAAGUAGCUGUAGAUUUAAAACACAGAAAAUGGCUGAUCCAUUUGUUCUUUGGUAAAUUUUGUACUGGUUUUCAUAGCAUACUUACAUGUCUUACAGAAAACAUCUUUGUACAAGCCUGAGUUAUGAUGUCACUGCAACUUUAUACCACCCUGAGUUUUGACAUUAUUACCUCAAACACUAACAAAACAUGGCAGGACAUUACAGUAUAUACGAACAAAGUUCUCUUGCCUUUAUACCACAACCGACGUUGACUCUCAUGGGUUGGCAUGUUUUCAUCUGCCAUUCAAAUUCAAUUUUCUAUGACAUAUGCCAUUAAAUACUAUUUGUACGAACAUUACCAUUUUGACAAUAAAAUAAUGAAAGAGA